AUGGGAAUGAUGCUAUAUAUUGAUCAUGCACAUGAGAGAGAAGGUAAAACUCCAAACCUUGGUACCUCCUCCAUGGCAACAUCUCAACCUCUUGUUCCUCUUCUCAAGCAAUUGGAAGCAGAUGAAUUGGGCCCAGAAUGCAGGGACUUCCUGUCCUUGCUACCAAAAGUAUGGUGUGACCCUCAGGAUACUGACAUCCUUCUAGUGACAAAUCCCAAGUCAGGCACAACUUGGCUGAAGGCGAUAGUGUUUUCCCUACUGAAUCGAACGCGUUUUCCAGACACCCAACACCACCCUUUACUCACUAGUGCUCCUCACACUCUCGUGCCAUUCUUGGAAGUUGAGGUCUAUAACAAAGAAGUGCUCCCUGAUUUAACCCCCUUUACUCCUCCAAGGCUCUUUUCAACUCAUUUACCCGUCGUCUCUCCAAUGCAUUAG